CAAAAUGUUGUGUUGUGUUUUAUUAUUAUUAUUAAUUUUUUGGAAAUAUGGGAUUUUUUUUUUAUGUACAUAUGUUCUCGAAAGGUCAUGUUAUUUUCUCAUCAGCUUCGUCUCUAAAUGGUGCAAUACCAAGGAGUAAUCAUCAAAACUUAAUAAACAACAUAGUAUUUUAAUCUGGUUGUACUAUUGGUUGAACAAAUGCAAUGUAUUUUAUGGUUGAAUAAAUACAGUGUUAAUAAUUUCAUGAUCAAACUUUAUCUUGAAUGUGUAAUGGUAGGUGACUGACACACCUAAUCGAUCCCACUUAGAACUGGUUUGAGAAGACUUUUAUUUGUUCUUCUUGUUCUCUUAGAUGAUUUAAAAGUCAUUUCUUUCCCUUCUAGAUUUCUUAUGAGCCUUGAUGAAGUCAGACGUCAAAAUAGUCUCCGAGAACACAUACCAUCACUCCCUGGUCUAUAAAAGGUCAAGGCAUGGUUAUGGUUUCCCCUCAUAGCAUUCCACCAUCCAAACCUCUAGACCAUUUCUCCGCUCGUUCUGGUAUGGAUCUUCUGUCGGAGGACCAAAUCAUGGAGUUCAAGGAAGCCUUCUGCCUCUUUGACAAAGAUGGAGAUGGGUGCAUCACACUGGAAGAGCUUGCCACAGUCAUCAAAUCAUUGGAUCAGAACCCAAGUGAGGAAGAGUUGCAAGAAAUGAUCCGAAACGUCGAUUUGGAUGGCAAUGGAACCAUAGAUUUUGGAGAAUUCUUGAACCUAAUGGCUAGAAAAAUGAAGGAGACAGACGAGGAGGAAGAACUAAAGGAAGCUUUUAAGGUCUUCGACAAUGAUCAAAAUGGUUAUAUCUCGGCCAGCGAGCUGAGGAAUGUGAUGAUGAAUCUUGGGGAAAAGUUGACUGAUGAAGAGGUGGAUCAGAUGAUUAGAGAGGCAGACUUGGAUGGAGAUGGGCAAGUGAACUAUGAAGAAUUUGUGCAGAUGAUGAUGACCACCUGAUUGGUUUUCAAAGAAGAGACCACACAAUGGAUUGAUCUACACUGAUUUCCAUCAGCUGUGUGUCAAGAAACCACAUCUUCUGAUACUAAAUUGAAUUUGUCUUCUCAUCACAGUCUUUGUUUCUGUCUAAUGAACAUUACUUUGUCAGCAGUCUGGUCUUCAGUUUUCUUCUUUCUUCUUCUUGGAAUCACUGAAGCUGCAAAUCGAAAGACUAUAAGCAUUCAUUGAGAUUGUUUGUGGGUUCAUCCAAUUAAUGAAGCUAGAAAAUUCACAAUGUAGUAUAAUGAUUCAUAGCGCAAGAGAUUAGACAUCGUCUCGAAACAUGCUUCCCUGAUGACAUCAAUCAAACAUCUCAGACCAAGUCAAGGAAACAACAAAUCUUCCAGCUUACUUGGUGGAUACUUCAA